AAUUGUCCUAGAUAUAUUGGAUGUAGAAAAAAAUUUGGCUGUUGUAUUAAAUUAAAUUGUAAUAGAAAUAUUGAUUGUAAUAGUGCCAAAUGUGAAAGAAUUUGUAAUGAUGCUGAUAGCAAAGUAGCUUGUAAUAGUGCUGAUAGUAACAUAGCUUGUAGUGAUGCUAAAGAUAGAAUAACAUAUAAUGGUGCUAAAGGUGAAGAUACUUGUAUUGUUGAAGGUAAAGUACCUUGUAAUGAUGAUAAUAGCAAAGAUUUUUGUAAUAAUUCUGAAGGUAAUACUAAAGGUGAUGUUGAAGAUA